AUGGGCGAAGAAUUGGUUCGUAAUAUUAAAAAAAACAAGCAACGUUUAAUAUUCAAUGAUAAAAAUGAUGAUGAUAAAGAUGAUAGUGAUAACAACGGCAAUGAUACAAAAUUUGAAGAAAUGAUAGCAAUAAAAAAGGAUAAGCAAUUAAUACGAAAUGAUUGGAAUAUAAAUGAUGAGAGUAGAGAAAUUUGGACUCGAAAAGCUGAUUUUUUGCUAUCUGUAAUUGGCUUUGCCGUUGAUUUAGCCAAUGUUUGGCGUUUUCCAUAUUUGUGCUUCAAAAAUGGCGGAGGAGCUUUUUUAAUACCAUAUACAUUAAUGGUAUUUUUUGCUGGUGUACCAUUGUUUUAUAUGGAAUUAUCGCUUGGACAAUAUUACAGAAAGGGAGCAGUUACGACUUGGGGCUGGAUCUGUCCACUUUUUAAAGGAAUAGGAUAUUGUGUAAUAAUGAUAGCAUUUUAUACGGAUUUCUUCUAUAAUGUAAUUAUUGCCUGGUCUCUGCAUUUUUUCCUGAAAUCAUUUACCACUCAUUUGCCAUGGGCAUCAUGUGAACAUGAAUAUAAUAGUGCUAUAUGUUAUGAACCAAGCUGGAAUAAUGACAAGGACAGCAAAUGUGCCCAGCCAUUAAAUAUAUCUGAUAUGGGUGUUAUAUCUGCUGCUGAGGAAUAUUUCUAUAAGGAAUUUCUUGGGUUGCAUAUGCCCGGUGCGCCAAAUUCAUCUGUAGCGCAUUCAUUGAACAAUCUUGGUUCACUUAAUUGGGAAAUGGUAUUUUGCCUUCUAAUUGUUUAUAUCAUUUGCUAUUUUUCUCUUUGGAAAGGUAUCAAAACAAGUGGAAAGAUAGUAUGGUUUACGGCAAUAUUUCCAUACGCUGUCCUACUAAUACUGUUCAUUCGCGGUAUCACUCUACCGGGAGCUGAAAAAGGCAUCAAAUAUUACAUUGAGCCAAAUCUUGAAAUGCUAACUGUGCCAAGUGUUUGGCAAGAUGCUGCAACUCAGGUUUUCUUUUCAUUGGGACCAGGAUUUGGUGUUUUAAUGGCUUAUUCAUCAUAUAAUGAAUUUCACAACAAUGUUUAUCGUGAUGCAUUAAUAACAAGUGCAAUUAAUUGCGCAACAAGUUUUCUCUCUGGUACUUGGCUAUAUGUCUUGUAAAAGUGGUAAACCAAUACAAGAUGUUGCCCAAGAAGGCCCAGGACUUGUUUUUGUUGUCUAUCCGGAAGCAUUAGCAGCAAUGCCGGGUUCAUCAAUAUUUUCCGUCAUUUUUUUUCUUAUGCUACUUACACUUGGAUUAGAUAGUUCAUUUGGUGGUUCGGAAGCAAUAAUUACUGCAUUAAGUGAUGAAUUUCCGUUGCUAAAACGUCAUCGCGAAUAUUUUGUUGGCAUACUAUUUACAUUUUAUAUGUUUAUUGGAAUUGCUAUAUGUACUAAGGGUGGUAUCCUGAUUAUGGAAUGGUUAAUUGUGUACGGUACUUCAUGGGGCUUAUUAAUUGCGGUUUUCUGUGAAACAAUUGUCAUCUCAUUCAUUUAUGGAAUAAAUAAUUUUGUGCAAAAUUUAAAAGAAAUGCUGGGCUUUGAGCCUGGAUAUUAUUGGCGUUUAUGUUGGACUAUUGGUGCGCCACUUUUCUUACUGUGUACAAUAAUCAGUUGUUUCGCUAAUUACGAACCAUUAAAGUAUCAAGAUUUUGUUUAUCCUCAAAUAGCUAAUAUUCUUGGCAUACUAUUCUCUCUCUCAACUAUAUCAGUAAUUUUUAUCGUUGGCUUCUAUAAACUUUACACCGAGAAAGGUGACACACUCACUAUGAAAUUGAAAGCAGUUUUAACGCCUCAACGACGGGACCUUACUAAUGAAAUUAUCGUAUCUACAUUAAAUGAUGAAAUAAAUUUGUAA